AUGGUUAAUUAUUGCCUUCCUAAAGAAACCAUAGACAUGGGACGAGUGCUGGAUCCAGUGGCUGCACAUCUAGUGGCUCCACGUUUAGUCACUGCACAUCCAGUGGCUGCAUGUUUAGUGGCUGUACGUCUAGUUGCUACACUUUUAGCAGCUGUACCUCCAGUGGCUGCACGUUUAGUGGCUGUACAUCCAGUGGCUUCACCAUCAGUGGCUGCAUAUCCAAUGGCUGUACAUCCAGCGGCUACACAUCCAGUGGCUGCACGUUUAGUGGCUGUACAUCCAGUGGCUUCACCAUCAGUGGCUGCAUAUCCAAUGGCUGUCCAUCCAGCACCUGCACAUCCAGUGGCUACACGUUUACUGGCUCUACAUCUAGUGGCUCUAUACCCAGUGGCUGUAUAUUUAGUGGCUGUACAUCCAGUGGCUGUACAUAUAAUGGCUCUGCAUCCAGGGGCGGUACAGCUAGUGGUUUUACACCCAGUGGCUGCACAUCCAUUGGUUACACAGCCAGUGGCUAUACAUUUAGUGCCUGUACAUCUAGUGGAUGUACACCCAGUGGCUGUACAUCUAGUGGCUGUACAUCCAGUGGCUGUACGUCAAGUGUCCGUACAUCUAGUGGCUGUACACCCAUUGGCUGUACAUCCAGUGGCCGUACGUCAAGUGUCCUUACAUCUAGUGGCUGUACAUCCAGUGCCUGUAUAUCCAGUGGCUGUACAUUCAGUGGCUGCGCAUCUAGUGGCUGUACACCCAAUGGUUGUACAUAUACAGGUAGUGGCUGUUCAUCCACUGGCUGUACAUCUAGUGGCUGUACAUCUAGUGGCUGUACAUCCAGUGGCUGUACAUCCAGUGGCUGCACAUCUAGUGUCUGCAAAAUCUAGUGGUUGCAAAUCUAGUGGCUGCAUGCUUAGUGGCUGCACAUCCAGUGGUCUUCGUAAGCAUCCAGUGGCUGCACAUCUAGUGGCUGCACGUUUAGUGGCUGUACAUCCAGUGGUUGCUCCUUCAGUGGCUGCACAUCUAGUGGCUGUACAUCCAGUGCCUGUACAUCCAGUGGUUGCUCCUUCAGUGGCUGCACAUCUAGUGGCUGCACGUUUAGUGGCUAUACAUCCAGUGGCUGCACAUCUAGUGGCUGCACGUUUAGUGGCCCUACAUCCAUUGGCCGCACGUUUAGUAGCUGUGCAUCUAGUGGCUGUACGCUUAGUAGCUGUACAUCCAGUGGUUGCAAGUUUUGUGGCUGUACAUUCAGUGGUUGUACAUGCAGUUGUUGCACAUUUAGUGGCUGUAUAUCCAAUGGAUGCAUGUUUAUCGGUUGUGUAUCCAGUGGCUGCACGUUAA